CCCAGUCCUUUCUUCGCCUUCCCAGCCCCGCUCUCUCUAAUCUCUCUUUGAUUACUGUGGUACAGCCCCUCGCCGCUCAGCUGCUUGUUAGAUUUUAUUUCCGCUCACUCGGGCCUGUCUAUCAUCUCAAUAAUUUCUUCUUUGGUAGAUCAAUUGUGACUCUGCAAAGCCAUGACCGCCGAUCAAAACCCUAGCAGCUCCACUGCUCCGGAGCAGGCAUCAAAACCCCCGCCUAAGGAUCUAAAGAAGAAGAAGGAAGAUAAGAAGGAUGAAGAUCUGUCUGAUGAGGACCUGGCUCUGAAGCAGCAGCUGGAGCUGUAUGUCGAACGCGUGCAGGAUGAAAAUCCCGGCGUUCAGAGGCUCGCACUAGAGAGCAUGAGACAAGAAAUUCGGUCAGCAACAAGCUCAAUGACAUCUGUUCCUAAGCCUCUGAAGUUUCUUCGUCCACAUUAUGGAAAAUUGAAGGCGUACUUUGAAACAAUGAUUGAUUCUGACCUAAAGAAGUACCUAGCAGACAUACUCUCAGUGUUGGCAUUGACCAUGGCUGCUGAAGGAGAAAGGGUUGGAUUACUAAAUAUUCCAUGAUCACCAUUUAGCAUUUAUUUCGUUAAGAUGUUCAUUGAGCUGUCCACAAAAUUGUUUUGUUAUCA